ACCGACCAAGCCGGCGCCCCCAGCUCGCCAUCACCCAGGACCGAGACGGUCCCGUCGGACAGCGAGCGCCCGACUGCCGUCGCUGCCGCGGACUCAGCCCCUCCUGAUGUUGUGGACGUCACGGGCGCGGACGAACCAUGGGCGAGGGCGCCUGCAAGGCGCACGUCCGACCCCGCCCCGCUCCGCACGAGCAAGCGGGCGACGUCGAAGGUAGUCUCCGGUGAAGCCCUCACGGAAGCUCGCAAGGGCAAAAAGAAGCUGGCCGCGACGACCUCGAAAUGUGCGGUGCCGACGCCGAGAUCCGACAGCGGCUUCGACCUGAGCUCCUUCAUGGCCUCCUUCUCGCCCGGCACUGCGCUCGAGGCGACUGUUGCGCCCGUCGAUGGGAGCACCGCCGUCGCGACGACCCCCAACGAAGCCUCGGUGGCGACCGACGACAUCGCCCCUCAGGACGGCGUUGCUGUUCGUGCGCAAUUGCAAGAGCUGCAAGAUGAGGUGGAACGUCUGUGUGCGCUGGUGGCCGGGCAAGGGCUUGCUCAGCUCCCUGUCGCCGUCACGUCACGCCUGCAUGCAGACCCCUCGGCUCCCACGGCUCCUAACAACAAGGGGGAGAUGCCGCCGGCGGAGUUGCGGUACCUGACGACAUCAAGCUUCCCCGAAGGUGCGAAGAAGGCGAAGGGCGACUACAACCCACCGCAAGCUCAUCUUCUGGCGGCGAGCCGGAUGUUCCGC